CUAACAAAUAUGAUGGACUGUCAAGAACAUGGUGGAAAUUUUUUCGAAAUGAAUCAUCAGAACUCUCAAAGAAACUCAGUUUUACAAAUGAUAUGAAUGAUAUGCUAUUUUCUAACGAUGUUAUUGACGAAAGUCGUUCAAUGGAAAUACACAAACGGUUGAGUGAGGCCAAGUGGACAAGUUUGGAUACUUACAAGUUGUUGAUGAAAGUUCUUCCAAAAACCGAUAAUGCAACAUACAUGACGUUCUGUUGCUUAUUGCGCGUCAAGUUCAAUUUGCCUGUAAUGGGAAAGAUACUUUGUGAUGAAUGCAAACCUUUCCAGAAGUGCACAAUGAAUCAAAUCGUGAAGUUUUCUAUUUCACCAUCUUGCCAGUCAAUUCUAAACAGUACUGCUCGCAGUGUUUAUAUAGCUGUCUCUAUUGAUGCCGACUAUAGGGAUGAUCCAGAAACUGAGAAACAUAUAGUGGUACAUCCAUCAUCAUUUGUAUGCAUUAAUAAUGAGGUCUCUGCAACUUUGAAUGUAAGCGUUGAAGAAGAGUAUAUCGACAAGGAAUUUCUUCAAAUGAAAAUUGCUUAUAUAUUGAAAGUUGGUGUUCAUGAAGUACAGGUAACUGUUUCGAUAACCAACAGUACAUGGAUGUUUCUACGUUUGUCGCCUCGAGCUGGAUUACGACUUAUGCAAAUGUUGAGUGCACAAGAGUCUAAACAUUACUUUGGUCUAAUGAUAGAAGAAGCAUUCCAAUCCAAGUCAGCAAGAAAUGUCUCUAUUGAGUUGAAAUUGAGCAACUUGCCAUCACAUACAUUUCAUGUUAUUUCUACUGGGAUAUUUGGUGUCACAUCAGAAGAGGAUGCCCAUUUCAUUAAUGAUGGUACAAUAGUUGUGGUUAUGUUUUCUGUAAUUAAAUUUAUUUUCUGUUUUAUGUCAAAGAUGAGAUAAGGUGGACAGUGGGAACAUGUUGUUUGGAAUUGUUAUUGGGAUUGCCAAUACUUAUUUAUCUGCUUUUAACAUCAUAUGUGUUCACUGGUUUUUCAAUGAGCAGCAGAUCUGAUUUUGGAGCAGUUGAUCAGUCUACCUCAUUACACCA